CUUCCAGUAGGAACGCACGCGAGAGACGGGAUACAUUAAAUGCAAUGAUGGCGACAGCAGCAGAGGAGAUCUCAGAAAACACUGUGACACCAGUGUCUUUCAAAAGCGCAAGGAAAAACCAGGAUAGACCCUGGAAACUGAGCUUUAUUUAUCUGCAGUGCUAUUUUUUAACAAUUGCUACAAUACUGGGGACCGGGAUCCUGGGACUGCCUGUAACUAUCGCUCGGGCAGGUCUGGUGCCUUUCUUGAUAUCCUUCCUUGUAGGCUUUCUAGUGCAGGCUCUGCUCAUUUACCUGUUUGUAGAUUUGCUUCAACGAUGCCGUUUAGCCCAACUUGAGGCACUGAAGACUGCAGAAACUGAGAGGAUCUUAAUGGAAGAAGUCGGUUCUGCAGAACCUCCGACACAAAAUGCAGAAGAGGAAGAAGAUGGGGAGGAAGUGGAAGAGGCAGAUAUGGGUCUUCUGCAAAGGGACGUCACAGCACGGAGGCAAGAUGAGGACCUUCAGCCAAAUCUGCACGUGCUGGGAGUUCUCUUCCUGGGCAAACACACCAGCCGUGCAUUCGACUUUGUUCUGCUCUUUCAAUUUGUGUCUAUCGGGAUCAGUUACGUCCUGGCGGGAAGUGAGGCCUACGCUGCACUUUUUCAUACAAGUCAUGUCUACGUGAUCCCUGCAUUUACAUGGACGCUCUCAUUGGGGAUUCUUCUGGCCCAGAUCAUCAUUCAGCCCAUCACGUCACUGCUGACGCUCCUCAAAGGAAUCCUGCUGGUUAUUACCGUGGCCGUGACAUUUGUUGUGGGUUCAGAGGUUCACCACGAGACCACGAAUGACUUCACCCAAAUCGGGAAGCCUUUUCUAAUGGGAACAGUUGCUCUUGGUGGGAUUGUCAACGUCAUGCCUUUUUUAUUUUCAGAAAUCUCCCAUGUUAAAACACAGGUUUUAUGGUUCAGAAGAGCUGUACUUGGAGGACUUGCUACAUGCACACUCUUAAAUAUAUUAUGGUGUUGGGCAGUUUUAGAGAUUGUUCCCCAGAUGGCCGUGGAGUCACUGCUGGAGGAGAAACUCUUAAAUAGCAGCGCAGGACAAACAGAGACGACUCAUACAGCACACACAUUUAUCUACUCCAACAUAUCCCUAGAGGAGUCUGAAAAGGCAGGGGAGAUAGCAACGAUACCUCUAACCAAGAUCAUAACACAGAAGUACAGCCGGUUCUCAUGGGUGGCAGAGCUGAUCCAGAUCUUCAUCACCAUCAGUAUAACCGUGAGCUUCCUCGUAAUGGGCAUAGCCAUGAAGCACACCAUCGAUGGCCUCGUCUUCUCACACUGGACGGAGAACGCUGAAUGGAUGGCGAGAAUCAGCGCGAGGCUGUUGCCCCAUAGCUCACAGUGGAGGACAUCAGGCCAGAGCUUACAGCACUGCAGACGGUUCUUCAGCAGUUUCAUGUGCUUUUUGGCUUUCGGCCUCAUUUUUGUCGUUUCAGCUUGUGAUCCGAAGGGAUUUGUUGUGAUGCUCGACAAAGUGGUCUCCUUCUCCUUGAACACGGAGGUGGGCUUGUUCAUCUUCCUCAUGCUGAGAUCCUCCAGAUCAGAGCGUUUCAAGCAUCUGACGGUGCCUCUGCCGGCGCGCGAGAGACUCUUCAGGCUCCACUGGCUGCUGCCCAUCUACUUCCUGUUCGCCGUAGCUUACGACGUCUUCCAGAGCAUCCUAGAGAUCACUGAGAACGUGGCGCUCGUCCCCCACACCAAUUCUUCUCUUGGAUGAGAAUGACUGGAUAUCAGGUGGGACAACAUGUGCUGCUGAGGUCUCUGAGGAACGGACAGUUAUUACCUCACACUGUGUCCGUGACCCAAACAACACACAUAACUCAAGAGGACACACACACUGAUCACAGAACCAGCCCAAACUUCGUUCACAGUGCUGCACCAGUAUAGAUCAUAAAUGUUUAGGUAAAAAAAAGGCCCCUAGUUUUCGCAAGCUAAGACUAUUUUUAUAUCCUCCAGCAAAUUGCACGAGUUAGGAAACAUAUUUUGAUUGCCUCAACAAAACGCGGUGAUUAAAUCUGCAGUCGUGCCAUCAAACCAUAGCAACGUUCCAAGAAGAGCUGCUACAAAAAGAUCUUUAAGGAAAUCAUGGGCUGUUAUUGUAUCCAGUAUAUAAUUUGUGAUUUAACGAGCAGACUGGAGUGACAAGGAAGAAACCACGAGACAACAGAGUGAAAUAGAGGUGUGAGUUGUUUAUGUAUGUGUAGAUCACAUCAUUCAGAUAUUAUGUAAUAAAAGAUUCAAAUACUUUCUUGGCAA